UUGUGGUUUAAGUGAAUUUUUCGUGUGAUAAUCAUCCUAUGUGUAGCAACGAACCAUCUGGAGUAGUGCCGCCACCAACGUCUUCCGGAGGACCGAAUACAUCAGCUGUAAGAAUGCCUUUACCAAUACCACCGCCAAUGACUGGAGGUGGUGAAAUACCCGCCGCACCACGGCCCAUGUUACCAAUCGAUCAUUAUCGAUUACAAUUAUAUCAAUAUGCGGUCGCUGAACGUCUUCGAUAUCCGUUCCCUUUUCCAGCACCGUUACCAUGUUACCCGUUAUUUCCACGAGCCUUACAACCAGAAGAGCCUAAACCACAACAUAGUUAUAUUGGAUUAAUUGCAAUGGCAAUAUUAAGUUCACCCGAAGGCAAGUUAGUGUUAUCCGAUAUAUAUCAACAUAUCUUAGAUCAUUAUCCAUAUUUUCGUUCACGUGGACCUGGUUGGCGAAAUUCAAUUCGACAUAAUUUGUCAUUAAAUGAUUGUUUUAUUAAAGCGGGUCGAAGUGCAAAUGGUAAGGGACAUUAUUGGGCCAUUCAUCCAGCAAAUAUUGAUGAUUUUCGUAAAGGUGAUUUUCGGCGACGGAAAGCACAACGUAAAGUACGUCGGCAUAUGGGUUUAGCUGUUGACGAAGAAGGUGCCGAUUCACCUAGUCCUCCACCAUUAUCAGUUAGUCCACCAGCUAUUGCUGGACCAAGUACAGCCGUUUUCCCGGCUAGUAUGUUGGCAGCACGUGGCACAUCAAGGAAACGACAAUUUGAUGUUGCAUCACUUCUAGCACCCGAUAGUGGUGAAGAAACUGCUGAAGAAGAUAUUGAUGUAGUUAGUGGAGAUCAUCAUCAUCCCGGGCAUAGUGCGGAACCAUUAGUGACAUCCAUGAGGCCUACAUGGCCUGUUUUACCUCUAGUCAGUCAUUAUUAUCAAGCGUUAUUGCAACAAGCGCGACCGCAAAGUAUGCAAAAUUUACAAACUGUAAGCAACGAAUUAAUAUAA